AGAAAUCGUGAAAAUGUCGACGACUACAACGGUUAAACAACGUUUCAUCGAACGUGGCUCCCAUAAGGGUAAAGGUCUUGCCGUGUUCACCAGUGGAGGUGAUUCGCAGGGUAUGAAUGCCGCUGUUCGUGCCUGUGUUCGAAUGGCCAUCUAUUUGGGAUGCAAGGCCUACUUCAUUCGUGAAGGCUACCAGGGUAUGGUUGAUGGUGGCGAUAACAUUGUUGAAGCUAACUGGGCCUCUGUAUCGUCCAUUAUUCAUCGUGGUGGCACUGUUAUUGGUUCGGCCAGAUGUAUGGAUUUCAAGCAACGUGCUGGCCGCUUGAAGGCUGCCAAUAAUCUCAUCCAGAGAGGAAUUUCCAAUUUGGUUGUAAUUGGUGGUGAUGGUUCUUUGACUGGUGCUAAUCUUUUCCGUCAAGAAUGGUCAUCGUUGUUGGAAGAACUUUUGAAGAAUGGUCAAAUUACGGAGGAGCAAAAGAACAAAUAUGCUGUUUUGCAUAUUGUUGGUAUGGUUGGUUCCAUUGAUAACGAUUUCUGUGGUACCGACAUGACAAUUGGUACUGAUUCGGCUUUGCAUCGUAUUAUUGAGGCCAUUGAUGCUAUUGUCAGUACUGCUUACUCUCAUCAACGUACAUUCAUUAUGGAAGUUAUGGGUAGACAUUGUGGAUAUUUAGCCCUACAAGCUGGUAUGUCCUCUGGUUCAGAUUACAUAUUUAUACCCGAAGAUCCUGCUAGUGAAAAUUGGAGAGAUGUAUUAUGUGAAAAAUUACUUCAGGAGCGUAAUGCUGGUCAACGCUUAAAUAUUAUUAUUGUUGCUGAGGGUGCUAUUGAUCGUGAUGGCAAACCCAUUUCCGCUGAGGAUGUUAAAAAAGUUGUCGUGGACAGAUUGCAACAGGAUACCCGCGUUACUGUCUUGGGCCAUGUCCAACGUGGUGGUAAUCCCAGUGCUUUUGAUCGUGUUUUGGGUUGUCGCAUGGGUGCCGAAGCCACCUUGGCUUUAAUGGAAGCUACUUCUGAAUCUGUACCUGUAGUCGUCUCCUUGGAUGGCAAUCAAGCUGUACGUGUACCCUUGAUGGAGUGUGUAGAGCGUACUCAGGCUGUUGCCAAGGCUAUGGCCGAAAAGAACUGGGAAUUGGCUGUAAAACUACGUGGUCGUUCGUUUGAACGUAAUUUGGAAACCUACAAGAUGUUGACCCGCUUGAAGCCACCAAAGCGUGAAGGACAAGUGAGUGGUUAUCGUUUGGCUGUUAUGCACAUUGGUGCUCCAGCCUGCGGUAUGAAUGCUGCCGUUCGCAGUUUUGUGCGUAAUUGCAUUUAUCGCGGUGAUACCGUUUUCGGUAUCCACGAUGGUAUUGAAGGUUUAAUUGCUGGCAAUAUUAAGGAGAUGGGCUGGUCCGAUGUCACCGGUUGGGUUGGCCAAGGUGGUGCUUUCUUGGGCACCAAGCGUACCUUGCCCGAAUGCAAGUUCAAUGAAAUUGCCGCUCGUCUCAAGGAGUUCAAGAUCCAGGGUCUUCUGAUCAUUGGUGGUUUCGAAGCCUACCAUGCCUGUGGACAAAUUGCCGAUCAACGUGCAAACUUCCCUGAAUUCUGUAUUCCCAUGGCUGUUAUUCCAUCGACCAUUUCUAACAAUGUACCUGGCACUGAGUUCUCUUUGGGUUGCGAUACUGGUCUCAAUGAGAUUACCGAAAUUUGUGAUCGCAUUCGUCAAUCGGCCCAGGGUACCAAACGCCGUGUAUUCGUUAUCGAAACUAUGGGUGGCUAUUGUGGUUAUUUGGCCACAUUGGCCGGUUUGGCUGGCGGUGCUGAUGCUGCCUACAUUUUCGAAGAGAAAUUCUCUAUCAAGGACUUGCAACAAGAUGUUUAUCACAUGGCCUCGAAGAUGGCUGAAGGUGUACAACGUGGUUUGAUUUUGCGUAAUGAAAAGGCAUCUGAAAACUAUAAUACCGACUUUAUUUAUCGUUUGUAUUCGGAAGAAGGCAAAGGUCUUUUCUCAUGCCGUAUGAAUAUUUUGGGUCACAUGCAACAGGGUGGCUCACCCACACCAUUCGAUCGUAACAUGGGUACCAAAAUGGCUGCCAAAUGUGUUGAUUGGUUCUCUGAACAAUUCAAGAAUAACAAACAAGCCGAUGGCACUAUCAAGUGCACCAACAAAGAAUCUGCCGUACUUUUGGGUAUUAUUAGACGUCAGUACAGAUUUACUCCAUUGGCUGAUUUAAUUGCUGAAACUAACUUUGAACAACGUAUUCCUAAGACACAAUGGUGGCUGAAAUUGCGUCCCUUACUCAGAAUAUUGGCCAAACAUGACUCUGCCUAUGAGGAAGAAGGUUUGUACAUUACCGUAGAAGAAGAAUGCUCUACCGAUGCCGUGGCCUAA